AUGUUUCGUCCCAUCCGAAACAUUAGCACGACAGGGACGGCCUCGUCUGCGACCCAGUUCUCCAACCUCAGCCUCGACAACCUCACUGGUCCACGCCGCGCCAUGGUCUCUGAUCAUCUGGUCUCAUGGGGUUUCGACGGCAUCAGGAUCGCCGGGUGGCGGUCCCGAAUCUUGACAGCACUACUACGCAACGAAAAGAGAAAGAUGUUGGUCAUUCAGCUUGCGAUUUCUGGUUGCUCACUUGCUCAGCCUCAGUUGCAGAAACGUGCCCCUGUGACAGACCUGCGUCGCAUCUUUGGCUGA